UAUAGCCUGUGUGUGAUAGUUGUAAGCCACGUUUCGAAGAACGUAGUACCCCACGAUCCGCCGUUCAUGAGCACAUUCAAACGUGGCAAAUCAUCCCAACAGCAACGAGCCAUUGUUCUAACAGUUUGUGCAAAGUAUAAGAUAAGUCCAAUAAGUGGAUGCCCCCUAAGAUGCCCGUGACGUUUUCCACCAUGUCUUUAAGAAGUCGCGGUUUAUAACUUUUCUAAUGCACUAUGGAAGAGGAAGUUAACGACAGUUACUGUUGACUCUUAAAAACCCGCCCUUUCACUUGUUCAAAAAUAUAUCCAUAACCCUAGUACGUACCAACCCUUCACUGAAGUCUGAUGAUGCUGAACGUCACAGACCCUUGAUGAAUCUAGAAAAAACAAAGACACUCUCGGAACUUGAAAUCUGGAGAACGCUUGAAGAACAUAUAUAUAUAUGAAACAGUAACAUGAGCCCUGCCUUCCAUGACAAGAUUCUCUUGCUUCUUUGCAUCCUUUGUUUUAAUGGUGUUUUCGGCAGCAGACAAGGGAUACAAGUAGCAGCAGUUUUGGGUGUAGAAGGCAGUGAAGCCCAUACGAGUAGCCUUGUGCAUCACAAGGGGAGGAGACAUGGUUUGUUUGAUGUCAUGAGAUUUGGUGCUCGAGCAGACGGCCGAACUGAUGAUACUAGGGCCUUCAGAGCAGCAUGGAACGAGGCAUGUGAAGCGUCAGGUUCGGUGAAUCUUGUGAUACCAAAAGGGACAUACUUGAUUGGCCCUAUCAAGUUUGCCGGCCCAUGCAAUAAUGUAUCAUCUCUGACUGUUCUUAUGAAGGGUCAUUUGAAGGCUACAACAAAUUUGUCCAAUUAUGGAUUCAGCGCUGGUUGGGUUGAGUUUGGAAGGGUGGAAGGGCUAACCUUGACCGGAGGCGGGACCUUUGAUGGUCAAGGUGCCAAAGCCUGGCCUUACAAUAACUGCUCCACUCACUCCAAGUGCAAACUUCUUCCAACUAAUGUAAAAUUCAUGGCAAUGAAUAAGACGGUUGUCCGAGGCAUAACUUCGCUGAAUAGCAAGUUCUUUCACAUGGCUCUUGUGGAGUGCCAGAACUUCAAAGGUAGUAAAAUCAAGAUUUCAGCCCCGGAAAACAGCCCAAACACUGAUGGAAUCCACAUUGAGCGAAGCUCUAGUGUCUAUUUUUCUGGAUCACACAUUGGUACUGGUGAUGACUGCAUUUCUAUAGGACAAGGGAAUUCUCAGGUCACUGUCUCAAGUGUCACCUGCGGACCAGGUCAUGGCAUCAGUGUUGGAAGUUUAGGAAAAUAUCGGAAUGAAGGAGAUGUAAGUGGACUUGUGGUCAGAGAUUGUACCAUUACAGGAACCUCAAAUGGCAUCAGGAUCAAGACUUGGGCCAACUCCCCAGAUAGCAGUGUAGCCACCAAUAUGACAUUUGAGAACAUUGUGAUGAACAAUGUGACCAAUCCCAUCAUAAUCGAUCAAGCAUAUUGUCCAUUCACCUCCUGCACUUCCAUGGCACCAUCUCGAGUGAAGAUCAGUGACAUAUAUUUCAAGAACAUUAGAGGGACUUCAUCGUCAAAGGUAGCAGUGGCACUGGAAUGCAGCAGAGGGAUGCCAUGCCAGAAUAUCUACCUUGAAGAUGUACACUUGGAUCUGUCAACAGGGGAGAAACAUUCGACUUCCACUUGCAAAAAUGUUAGAGCUAAAUACAUUGGCACCCAAAUCCCACCACCAUGUUCUUAGUUUCCAAUCUUAAUUAGAUGCGAUCAAAGUUACUCAUUGCAACUUCACUUCAUUCUGGGAAUAGUUCUGUGUCAGGGAUAUUGCAGUAUCAUGGAAAAUUUUAAUUUCCGUUUGGCCAUUAUUAUUAUUAUUAUUAUUAUUAUUUCUCCAUAUCUUCCAGAAGCAUUGGAUUUCAUGAUUUUAUAUUUUCAGUAUCAACUCGAGGAAGCUCCUCCUUAUACUCUGUGCAAGUCUGGCGUGCCAUUCUAUUGUUUUCCCUUGGGUCGAAAAGAUUAUUUAUUGCUUUCCAGCAAGCUACAUGCAACGUAUGGUCCACCAGCAAGUACGGCUGAUCAUUAAUGCAAUGCAUCAAAUGAAUAGUUGUGCCGAGCCACAUGUUGUUCUGAAGGUCUUCACCGUCUUCUAAAUU